AUGGCCGAGCUGAGCACAGAGACCCUGCCAGCAACAUCUUUUGGCAAGGAUCAUACACAUACAGUUAACCACACUGGAUGCGCAAAGCUUCAUGCCCUUGAUGAGAUCAUCGGGAGUAUUCCCCUGCUCAUCUGCCUGUUGGGGCUGGUGGGGAACGGGAUCGUCAUCUGGUUCCUCGGCUUCCGCAUGAAGAGAAACCCCUUCACCGUCUACAUCCUCAACCUGGCCGUCGCUGACUUCGGCUUCCUCCUUUGCUCAACUGUCCCUGCAGCUAAAAUGGUGGGAGAUCGGUAUUGUGACAGUACCGGAGCAGAGGUAAUCAUUAUCUUUACAGUGCUGUGUUUCUGGACGUACAACACCAGCCUGUACCUCCUGACGGCCAUCAGCAUCCACAGGUGCAUGUCCAUCCUCUACCCCAUCUGGUAUCGAUGCCACAGGCCACAGCACUUGUCUACCAUCGUGUCUGCCCUGCUCUGGGCUUUCUCCUUCUUGCUCUGCUGUUCCGCUGCUGUUGUUUGUUUAGGUCUCACACAGAAAAGCUGUUUCACUUCCCUGCUAUUCGUCUUUGUUCUGAAUAUCCUGAUAUUCUCCCCCGUCAUGGUUCUGUCCAGUCUGAUCCUGUCCAUGAAGGUGCGUUGGAGCUCCCAGCGGCGCCCGCCCGGCAAGCUCUAUGUUGUCAUCCUGCUCACCGUCCUCUUCUUCCUCCUCUUCACUCUUCCUCAGAGUGUUGUGUUUUUCCUCCCUUCCCAUGGUAUAUUUCUGGACAACUGGUUAUUUGAGGUGCUGGCCUGCGCAAGCAGCAGCAUCAACCCAGUCAUCUACUUUCUAGUUGGGAGCUACAGGAAGCGGCGACACUGUGGCUCUCUCAAACUCGCACUCCAGAGGGUUUUUGAAGAGCAGGCAGAUUCCAGAGAAGACAGAAACGACCCCAGCAGAGACACAAUGGAGACGGCUGUUUAA